AUGGAUUUUAUUAGCAAACUAGAGAAGGAAAUUGAGGAAUUACGACAGAAUUUAGCGAGUAAGGAACAAGAAUUACUGUCUAUAAAACAUAAAAUGGGAACGGCAGAAAUACAUAUGGAUAAUCAAAAUGGAUCUAGCCUAGAACAAACAAAGGCUUUAAAGGUCCAGUUUGGUGAAACACUACCUAAAUGGGCAAUAGAAAGGUACAGUAGACAAAUUUUAUUGCCAGAAAUAGGUGUUUGUGGACAAGAGAAAUUAAUGCAGGGCCGAGUAUUAAUAGUUGGGGCUGGUGGCUUGGGAUGUCCAGCUGCUGUGUAUCUAGCUGGUGCUGGAGUUGGGGAAAUUGGCAUAAUAGACUAUGAUACAGUUGAUCUAACAAAUAUACAUAGACAGUUUCUGCAUACAGAGGGAGACCAAAAUAUAAGCAAAGCUGAGUCUGCUGCUAAUAGUUUGAGAAGUAUAAACUCCCGCAUAAAGGUGACACCGUACAAUGUACAGUUAGAUUCAAAGAACGCAUUAGAUAUUGCAUCAAAAUAUGAUAUUAUUUUAGACUGCUCGGACAAUGUACCAACAAGAUAUUUGCUUAGCGAUGUGUCUGUUUUGACUAAGAUUCCUUUAAUAUCAGGAAGUGCGCUAAAAAUGGAGGGCCAACUCACUGUUUAUGGAUACAGAGCCGACAAAAACCCGAGUGAAAAGGACACGACGUAUCGUGGUCCAUGCUAUAGGUGUGUGUUUCCCAGUCCACCGCCAGCAGAAUCAGUGGGCAGCUGUUCAGCUAACGGGGUCGCCGGUUCGGUGCCUGGAGCUAUAGGAGCCCUACAGUCAUUGGAAGCCAUCAAAUAUUUGGUCGGUCAAACGAAAGAGACACUCCUGGUUGAAAGACUACUAUUGUUUGAUGGCGAAGACAUGACAUUUAGGACAGUGAAGUUGCGCGGGCGCAACUUAAAGUGUCCGAUAUGUUCGGACACGCCCACAAUCACUCGUUUGGUCGACUAUGAGAUGUUUUGUAACUCAAGCGCCCAAGAGAAGGAUCUCGACCUAAAAAUCCUAGGACCAGAGAACCGAAUAUCUGCCACGGAAUUGGCGGACAAACUGAGCGAAAUAGAUUUGGAACAGCGCCAUCUGUUGGUCGAUGUUCGAAGCGAGCCGGAGUUCAAGAUGUGCUCCAUAGAUGGCGCUGUCAACUACCCGCUAGAUCAGAUGUAUAGGAAUUUCGAUGACUUGUUGGGGGAGAUAAGGAGAUGUACUAGCCAUGUGACAUUUAUCUGUCGCCGAGGCAACGACUCGCAAAUAGCGGCCAAGCGUGUGUUGGAGGAAAUAGAAGAGAAUCAUCGUUCAAAGAUAAAAGACCUAUUUGGCGGUUUACACGCGUGGUCGAAGAAUGUCGAUUGUAAUUUUCCUAUAUAUUAA